GCGUCAGUUGAGGCAUUGGAUCCAGGAGAAUUUCUCUAGUAUCUAGAUCGGUGGUGUUUGUGGAAAAAAUCUGAUCUCGAGACAAGUCAAACCCUUUUCCAAGACAAUACCGCUCAUGAUGCUCCGCCAUCUAUAGAAUCUAGCAGAACGGAAUCAAUGCAUGUAGAGCUGGCAGCAUGACAUAGCUCAGUUUGGUAAGGAUGCACUCACCCUAUGUUGUUUCUGAGUGGGAGGCUACCUGUAACUAUCAUUCCACGUAUCUACUGAUAACGUGACAAAGGCAGCGCUGGCAGGUCAGGUGUUUCGACUAAUAAGAUUACACUACAAGUUUGAACACGUAGGAUUCCUUUCUAUCUCGCAAACACAUGGCAUAAUGACCAUCUGUGCUGAAUGUUAGUGUCAUUGAAGAAACAAGGACCUAGAGGCAUGACUGGUGAACUUUAUGUGAGAUCAACUCCCAAAAACCUAACUACAGAGCACAAAUUGUUCGACACCUAAGUAGACGAUGUCUACAAACCUAAUAAUCUUGCUCAGCUAAGUGUGAUCUAUUCAUGGUGAUUCAAUUGUAAAGAUGCCUAUCUAUAUCAAUUAGGUUGACUGAUAACGUGACAAAGGCAGUGCUGGCAGGUCAGGUGUUACCGACUAAUAAGAUUACCCCCAAGUUUGAACACGUAGGAUUCCUUCUAUCUUGCAAACACAUGGCAUAAUGACCAUCUGUGCUGAAUGUUAGUGUCAUUGAAGAAACAAGGACAUAGAGGCAUGACUGGUGAACUUUAUGUGAGAUCAACUCCCAAAAACGUAACUACAGAGCACAAAUUGUUCGACACCUAAGUAGACGUUGUCUACAAACCUAACAAUCUUGGUCAGCUAAGUGAUCUAUUCAUAGUGAUUCAAUGAUGUAAAGAUGCCUAUCUAUAUCAAUAAGGUUUGCUGCUUUUUAGACAGGGUAAGCUGGAUGCAAAUUAGAGUAAAUCCUUUCUGUGAUCAGAUGCUAUCUAGCUGUAUCUUGUCUAGAUAUCUUAAUUGCAUUUAUUAUGUUAGAUCUCUGUGGCUAUUAUAUGACUGCUCAUUGUGGGCAAUCAGUCUGCAACGUACUGUAUGCGGAUGUUUGUGAGGGGCUAGUUGCUGGCUCUAGAUAUUCACUUUGAACAAUGGGCGAUAAAACCACUGAGCAUAGAAUAUCUCCAGCUGCAGUGGCCAAAAUGACAUUGAUGGAGUUGAUUGACUGCCUAGAGAGCCUUGGAGAAACCGAUCAAUUUCCUACACGUUUUCAAUACCAAGAUAGAAUCUUUCAGCUGAUUCACAAGCGUCGUCAGGGCACAAGUGGGAAAUCACCUCCUAUGGCAAGUGCAAAGGACAUCAUUGAUGACUUUAAAGAAGAGAAAGUCACUCUUGGCAAUCUCAUUAAUGAAGUAUCAGAAUUCCUAUACGACGAAAUGCUGUCUUUACCAUUUUUGAAGAAAUUGGGGAUAUGUCAGACUAGUUUCUGGAUGAAGAAGACUGAUUUUGAUAAAGUCAAAUCAAAUUUAGAACGACAACCUAUGUUGUUGGUCGCAGGAAGCACAUCCUCUGGAAAGAGCACAUUUGUCAAUGCUCUCCUGGGGCAACAAGUUCUGCCAACAUCCUACAAUGCAGCAACUUCUACACUUUGCGAAGUCAAAUAUGGAGAUCGCAAAAUUGCCAAAGUGCAUUUUUCAAAAGAAGGACCGACUACAAAAGAAUAUGAUCUCACGAACCGUGACCAGACUGAAGAGCUAUGUCGCUGUGUUUCUUAUCGUGGGGUACCUGACCAAGCUACAGCAUGUUCUAAAGCGGAGAUCUUCUGGCCUUUUGAAUUCUUAAAGGAUUUUACAUUGAUUGACAGUCCUGGAGUAACAGAGUCAGAAGGUACCGACAAUGCUGCUCGACUGAUUACUGAAGAGUGUCAACAAAGUCAAGCGUGUGGAUACAUUUAUGUACUAGAUGCAAGUGAAUCUGCUGAAGAAGCUGCACAGGCCGGUGGUUUACUCAUGGCAAUAAUUAAAAGCAUGAAGGUUCGUCCUGUGCCUGGAUCAGCUCUAUUCGUGGCAAAUAAAUGGGACAAGCUUCAGGAAGAGGAAGAGAUUAGAAAAGGAGCUAUUAAAAAAUAUCUCGACAUUGUGAAAAAGCGUCUGUCUAAUCGAUGGAGAGGAUUUGAUCGUGAUCAGCAGCUGGUGACAUUGAAUGCUAGAAUAGCAGCCAGAGUUCAAGAACUAGGAGAGACCACUGAAGACAUGAAAGAAGCAUGCGACAAGAUGUUAUCUAUGUUGUCUAAAGGAAUGGUCAACAUACUGAGAAAGACAUCACAGAGAGUAUACAAUUUGUUGGCAGAGUUGGAGCGAAUAGUUGAGAACCACUUGCGGUGUUCCAAAAUGGAUCAAAUUAGCAGAUCCAAGAAGGUCAAAAGUGACAAAGAAUGCUUAGAAGAGUUAGCAAGAGUCACUAGUAAUGAGGCGAUUAAAGGGGAAAUAAGAGACAAAGUUGAAGGUCUUAUUCCCCCACUCCGCAAACAUGUUUCAAACUUACAACAGGAGAAGGCUUGGAAUUCUAUCACUGAUGUUACCCAGAAAAAUCAGCAAGAAAUUGGCUCUGCAUCAUUUCAUCUUUUGGCAGAACGGGUGAAAUCUAUUUAUCUCAAGAUCAUAUGUGACUAUGAAGGUUACAAAGAAAUCUGUAGGUGGGCACAAUGUGAACUUGCUGACAAAGUAGAACCUGCUGUAGUCAAUUUUAAUAUGCUGAAGAGUGACAUUGGUGGUUCUGAUACUGCAGAUGCUAUGCAGCUGCUGUCCAAGCUUCGUCUAGAAUGUGAUGAUGACGUUUGCAGAGCCAAUGUGUUGCCCAGUUUAAAAAAUCAGGAAUACUUUUGUUUAGAUGCUGCUGCAUUACAACAGCAACAAUUUAGCAAUCUUUUUGAAAAGCUUCACAGAAAUGUAGUGGCCAAAGAUUGUAAACUCCUCAAAGAACUUGUCAAUGCAUUGUUGAAUGGAACGAGUCCACAAGUCCAAGUAAUUCAAAAGAACCUUCCCAAUCGAUUAGAUGAUUUAAAACAUCAGGUGGAAGCGGUGGAAGCUGUGGAAGCGAGUGGAACUCUAAAGGGCGAUAACAAUGAAUAUAAAAUGAUACUAUCACAAUGUCGAGAACUGAUGGGGAAACUAGCAAAAUUUGAGCUCGAUCUAGAUAUUCACAUCUAUACACACCACCAAGUAGAACAAGAAAAGUCUGUUGGUGACAAGACGGGUGCAUUUAGUGUUGUUACCAAGGUAAAAAUUUUGCCAGAUGAAAAAGAAGCUGCUCUAAAGAUGAUGCGAAAGCCUAUUACUAGUGCAAAUGCAGAUGAUUUUAUGAAGGAAUUUUGCCACUGCAGUCAACUUCAAGACACAAAUUUAGUAGAGUUGUAUGGCUCAAUCAUGCUGUCUCCUUCACCUUGUCUGAAGCUUGGACUACUGUUUGAAUGGUGUGGUGGAGGAAGUCUUGCUGACUCUAUAUCAAGAUCCCAACAACAAGCAGACGACAAAAGAUGUGAUCAUGAAAGAGCUGGCAAAACAAUGAAGCAAAUUCUGGCUGGAGUCAAAUACCUUCACGCACGUAGCAUGAUUCAUCGAGAUCUCAAACCUGAGAAUGUCAUGUUGACAGCAAACGAGGAUGUUCGAAUUGCAGACUUUGCAACAGCCAAACGGCAAGCAGACAUCACUGGUUUUCAAAUUGUUGGCACAGAUAUCUACAUGGCACCAGAAGUGUAUGACUGUCUUCCCUAUUCGCUGUCUUCCGACAUGUACAGCAUUGGUGUUAUGAUGUGGGAGAUCUGGAAUCGAAAGAGAGUCAGAGAUUGCACUUUAUACAGAUUACCGAGAGCUGUUGCACAGUGGGUACUCGAACAGAAGUUUGAUGGUACUCGUGGACAACUCUGGCAAGAUCUUGCUACAAGAUGCUUGAGCAGAGUACCUACAGAUCGACCAUCAGCAGAACAGGCAUAUAUAGACUUGGUGUACGUCUCUUGUGGCAAAACUGCUAGGAGUAAUUAUGUAGUUUGCUUGGAUUUGAAGUGACUCUAGUACAUUGCUUACUACAUGAUAAAUUUCCAGUUAUUGGCAGUAGUGAUCAAUAGACAAUAGAUUGUAGAGUGUGUUGGCAUUCAGAGCAAGUAUUUUCAACUGUGUACUGUGCAUGCUUCGACAGCAUCUAGUUGAGGAGAUCCCUGCAAUGCUAGGAACUGAAGUAU